GGCGGCAGGCCCGUGACGCCGGCGAGCCCCGCGGGCCCCCGCCCCGCGCCGCGGCCGACGCGGAGGUUCGCGGGGCCCGGCGGCUGCCGCCUGGGCUCGCUGAGCCACGACGACUUCGCGAAGGUGCUCAGGAAGCUGGGCCUGGACGGCAACGGCACGGAGGACUCCAGCCGCAAGAUGGCGGUGAUCCGGAAGGUGCCGGCGUUCCUGUACCUGAGCGAGGAGCAGGUGGCCAAGCUCGUCGACGCGCUCACCCUGGAGACGUUCGCCAGGGACCAGGAGGUGUGCGUGCAGGGCCAGCGCGGCUCCACCUUCCACGUCAUCGCCACCGGAGAGGUGGGAAUCAUCAUCGACGGCAAGGCGGUGCGCACGAUGGGGUCCAGCGCCUACUUCGGGGAGCGCGCGGUGCUGUUCGACGAGCCGCGCUCGGCCACCGUGAAGGUGACCCGGGACGCCCAGAUCUGGUGCGUCGAGAAGGCCGUCUUCUCGCAGAUCGUCAAGGGGAAGAUGCAGCAG